AAAGCGCGGCGUGGGGAAGCAGUCCCUCUUUUACUGCGGGAGCGGCGGGGAGGCGACAUGGCGCCGCAAAAGGACAGGAAAUCGAAAAAGUCAACCUGGAAGUUUUGCCUUGACUUGACCCACCCUGUGGAAGAUGGAAUCUUUGAUUCUGGGAAUUUUGAACAGUUCCUAAAGGAGAAGGUUAAGGUCAAUGGAAAAACUGGAAACUUGGGCAACACCGUCCACAUUGAACGCUUGAAGAACAAGAUCACAGUAACAUCUGAAAAGCAAUUUUCUAAAAGGUACCUAAAAUACCUCACAAAGAAGUACCUCAAGAAGAACAAUCUGCGUGACUGGCUGCGUGUUGUUGCAUCUGACAAGGAGACAUACGAGCUACGCUACUUCCAAAUCAGUCAGGAUGAAGAAGGAUCAGAGUCUGAGGAAUAAUUGAAGCUUUAUACUCAAUGCAGCGUACAAAAGACUAGAACAUCUAUUUAUAAGAACACUUAACUUAUUGGUGAAUAAAGAUUUUGUACCCUGUUUGACAGAGCAUGGUUAGUUUUCUAGCCUUUUUCUUAAAUUCUAAUUAAAAACCAGCACGAGGAA